CCCGAAUCCCUGUCAUCCACACACGAAACCCUAGCCCCCCUCUCCCAAUCGCCACCGCCGCCUUCUCCCUCCCAGAUCCAAUCCAAGUCAGAGACCCCGUCAGUCUCCCCCGAAAUGAAACCCACCGCCGCCGCCUUUGUCUCCCCAACCAACCACAACCCACCGGCGACCUCCUCCCACUCUCCAUCUCCCUCGCCUCCCCUCUCGUCCUCUUGUCUCCCUACUAGGCCCCAAAUCGACUCGGCCUUCUCCUUCUCUGGCCACGACCAGAUCCGCACCAGCGUUCCCGCAUCGGCGCCGCAGAUCCAGUCCUUUCCCUGCAGGACAUCCCUUCCUCCCACCCACCGUCGACCUCGCCGUGCUCCUCACCCACCGCCCACCUUGUCCUUCCCUCCCCUCACCAUCUCUCCCUACCCUAUGCCCCAGAUCGAGUCGAGCAGGUCGGCCGACGCGCUAGGGUUCCGUCGCUCCGCCCCUACCGUCGCCGCGAUCGCCCCGGUGCUCCCCGCUCCGCCCCCCACCCGACCCCCGAGAUCCCGCCACCGUCAAGGCCACUGGAGAGAUCCGUCGGGGUAGGCAGGCCCAGACUAGAGGGACAACCCGGGGAUGUUCGGGAUGCGGGCAUGCGGCGCAGCGGCGUCGUGGGUGGUGGGGUGGAUGGGCACGGAUGCGCACCUGUACGACGACCCGGAGGCCGUCGCCAUCCCGGCGCUGCUCGACUCCCACUUCAACGUCGACAAGGUCGACGCGCUCAAGCGCCUCCUCGCCCUCAUCGCCCAGGGGGUCGACGUCGCACACCUCUUCCCCCAGGUGGUGAAGAACAUUGUGGCACAGUCGCUCGAGGUCAAGAAUCUCGUCUACCUCUACCUGCUCCACCACACCGAGACGACAAUGGAAAUCCUUUGUUCGGAGAGCAAAACCAAGUUGAAGUGAGUGGGAUUUUAGCAUGGCUGCUGUUGGCCCUUUGUACCGUGCCAGUUCAAGGUGUCGGACUGGUUCCUGAACAGGAAGAAGGACUACAAGGACAUGAGGUUCUCCCAGGUCGUCUCCAACGCCAUCGACAUGAAGCUCAGGGAUCACCUUGAGAGGCUCAAGAAGAUCAGGGAGCUCCGCAUCCGAGUCUCGUCCAUCCUCGGCAGCAAGGAGCUGGGCCAAGGGAGCAAGCAGCGCUGCUGGUUACUUGGGGCCAGAUCGAGUAAGAUGGCGCACCAUGGCGUGUGGCGGCCUAUUUUGCUUCCAUGAGCAGUACUGUUUAUUUGAAAUGAGAUGUACUCGUCUAGUGCCUAGUAAAAAGUACUGCCUAGUACUGUUUAUUUUGCUUCCAAGAGCAGUACCGUUUAUUUUGCUUCCAUGGCGUGUGGCGGCCUAUUUUGAAUGAUUGUCAUGUACUGUGAUGUAGUGAGCUGUAGGAGUAAAAUGAGAUAACACUUGUGGAGCUUGUUAUCUGAUUGUAAACUUGAUGCUGAUCACAUUUGUAUGUGUGUCAUAUGAUGUAGCACUUUAACGGUUGAUAACAUUUGAAGUA